GGUCCCAAAUCGUUCCCUUACCAUUUAAUGUUUGCAGAUCAGUAAUGUGGGAUCAGUAUGGUGAAAGCUUCUCCACUACACUGGUUAUCUCUAUCCAGGCCCUUCAGGUCAGAAAACAUUGGAGGGUUAGGGCUAAACGGAGGGGUAGGGAGAAAUUUGGGACCGGAUGACUGACAGAUAGAACAUGUUUUCGGACACAUCCCCCACCCUCUAGCUGUCCCAGAAUGUGUGUGACCUUUCUAUGACCUCUGCGCUUUGACCGGUCAGGCAGUGUGGGGGACUCCAUCUCGUCAACACGGCCUGACGUGUACGUGUCAGAUGACGGGGGGUACAAGUGGAGGGGUUCCUUGAGGGGGCCCCAUCACUACAGCAUCCUGGAUGCUGGGGGGCUCGUCGUGGCUGUGGAGGCCCACCCCAUGGACGGCCAAAUCAACACCAUCAAGUUCUCCACAGAUGAGGGCCAGUGUUGGAAGGUGUACAACUUUACAGAGCAGCCCAUCUUCUUCGCUGGCCUGACAUCCGAGCCGGGCACCAAGACCAUGAACAUCAGCRURUGGGGCUACCGGCCCGAGGACGACCACCAGCCCAUGUGGGUGGUGGUCACCAUUGACUUCCAGAGUCUCCUCACCAGAGAGUGUGGUAACCAGGACUAUGUUCAGUGGUUGGCCCAUGCCAGAGAGGGCGGGGACUUGGCCACAGAGGGGUGUGUCUUGGGCUUCAAGGAGAUCUUCAGGAGGCUGAGGAAGCUGUCCGUCUGCAGGAAUGGACGGGACUACGUGGUAAGCAGGCAGAAAAGCCCCUGCCCCUGCACCAGAGAGGACUACCUAUGUGACUAUGGUUACUAUCGUCAUGAGAACAGCUCAGAGUGUAUGAGACAACUGGACACUGCAGACCACGCCCUGGAGGUGUGUCUAAAUGGAGAGGAGGAGGAGCUUAGGACGUCGGGGUACCGUAAGGUUCCCAGUGAUAAGUGUGAGGGAGGUUUCACUCCCCUGCGCAGAAAGGAAACAGUCAACAGGCACUGUGGGAACUCCAGUCAGCCCCCCACUGCCAGCCCAUAUUCUGAAACCCCGAGAGAGAAGAUGCUGUUGAUCGUACUUUGUGUUGGAUUAGGGAUUGUCAUUCUGGUGGCUGUUGCCGCUGCUGUCUAUACUGUAAGGAGAAUGGUUUAAUGGGAAAUAGGGCGCCAACGUAUCGCUUCUCUGUCCUGCAGCUUCAGGACGACGACUGCUCCAUUGCCGCCGACCCAGAGAGUGUUGCCAGUAGCAACGGAACAUCAGUCUUCCAAGUGGAUUCAGAUGAUGAUCUUAUUGAAUGAACAACAUGAGAUUAAAUAUCUUGACGAUGAUCUCCAGAGCUUGGCCAUUUGGAUGUAUGGCAUUCCACUUGUUGUAUUACGUACCUGUUGCAUCUCAAUGGAAARAUGUCUAGGGUUUGUAAGGAACAAAUUGCGAAUGUCAUGUAGAUGGCAUGCAGAUGUCCCAAGCUGUUUAUUGAGCGAAGAACACUUCCCACUGGACACACACUGGUUGAACCAACGUAGAAUAGACGUUGAAUUGAGUUUACUUCAAGUUUCACUGCUCUGUUAUUAAGUAUUUCAUGAAUUAACAGUUUGUCUCUGUCUGAUGAUAUUAUUUAUGUGUGGAACACUGUCUUCAACUUGCACAAUUUUGGAUGGCGCUUGCAAUGCAAUUGAUAGUGGGUUCGAUUCCCGGGACCACCCGUGUGUAAAAUGUAUGCACGCAUGACUGUAAGUCAAUUUGGAUAAAAGCAUCUGCUAAAUGGCCCAUAUUUAUUAUUAUUAUUAUUAUUUUUAUUACCACUGUUCACUAGUCUGUAUUUUGAUGAGGCCCUGAAUAAUGUGCAUUCCUAAUAAAUCAACACAGUAAUGUUAGAAUAGCGAUGUAAUGGAAAUAAAGUGCCUGAUUACCUCAAWUAUUCUGUAWUUACUCUGCAGGAACAAUCAACUGUUAUCUGUUAUUCACUGUGAAUUUAUUCCUMAUKUCUCUAUUUCUUUAUCUUUAACUCUGCAUUGUUGGAAAAGGCCCUGUGAGUAAGCAUUUCACUGUUAGUCUACACCCCUUGUUUAUGAAGCAUGUGACAAAUAACAUAUGAUCGAUUUGACAUGUAGAGUGGAUCCACAGCAAGUAGAGAUUACUAUCAACUUGUUUUGUAUUUGAAUAGAUUAUCUUCUGUUAGUCAGCACCUCACCUAAAGUGUCUAUGUUCUUUAAUUGUUUUACUUCCUAGAUGGAUUUUGUUUUGCCUUAUUGCUUACCUGUACAAUGUGCCUUAUGGACUAGGUCUCCACCCGAUGGCUUCCACUUGUUCUUUCUGGACAGGACCACCCACAAAUGAAAUCCCUGUUUGAAUUCUUUAAAAGUGCAUCAUUCCUUCCUCGUUGAUUAGAAAUAAUUGGAAAGGUAAAAGCCAUGUGAUGGUGCUCUUGCAUUUACUUGUCCAAUCUUGUAAUAAUAAUCAAUGAUUGCCGGAUGCAGGAGGAAGGAUGCACUUUUCAUUCAACUACUCUCCCCACACAAGAGGGCGCUGUGCAGCAUAUCCUCUCCCAAAGGGGUUUUGCCAAGUUUUGUGUCUAUGCUUUGCCCCUCCUUUAGAGCUGAUGUGACUUUGAGUGUGUGUCAUGAACAACAGCACUAGCAACUAAAGUGAAAUUGGCUGUUUGCCUUCAAAAUAAAAGUCCCCCAUUGAAACUGAU